AUGUCAAGUGCCGAGUCAACCGUUGAUUCCCCGGCUGGUACCUUCCAGCCAGAGUCAACGGCCGCCUCAUCUCCUGUCGCCGAUGAUGGCAGUGAGGGUGCUGAAGCCGGUUCCACGGAAGCGGACCAGAAGGAUUCCUCAGGGUUGGAAGAUCCUGAGGCUGUUGACAACGGGGUCAAAGCCCUGAUGCAUCUCUUGCAAGCAAGUAAGGUGUUCUCCUCAAUCAUGGAAGAGAAAAUGCGAAGUCAGCAGGAGGAACGCCCGCACCACGUCGUCAAUCCCGUCGCAAUGCCGAACAAGAUGCCACAGCAGAGACUACAGAUACCGCCCGCCCAGCCAGCACGAAGAAAGGGCGCCCCAAGAAAAUUGCGAGCAAAGAAGGAGGCUCCAUUGCCAGGUUUUUCAAAAAAAGCUGAUGUCGAAGUGCCCGAAAAAAAUACGACGGUGCAAGAAGCCCUCGUUCAAGCAGCGGAUGAAUUCGAGGCCAAUCCAACCGCUCUCGGAGAGCAAGAUCUGGUGGCUACCCAGCAGCCAAAGCUAGUUAGUGGAGGUCAAAUGCGGAAGUACCAGCUGGAAGGCCUCGAGUGGCUUAAGACACUCUGGAUGAACGGUCUUUGUGGUAUCCUCGCGGACGAGAUGGGCCUCGGCAAGACUGUGCAGGCAAUUUCCAUGAUCGCUCACAUGAAGGAGUCUAAAAGCAAUGGUCCCUUCUUGAUUGCUGGGCCACUCAGCACGGUGGGAAACUGGAUUGAAGAAAUUGGGCGGUGGACGCCAGGUAUCAACGCUGUCAAAUAUCACGGUAGCAAGGAGGAACGUGCUGAGUUGCGCAAAAAGCAGAUGCAGGUGAAAGACCAGAAGAAGGCGGACUUCCCUGUUGUCUGUACUUCGUAUGAGAUUUGUAUCAAUGACAAAAAGUUUUUGAGCCAGUACGAUUGGCAAUACAUCAUCGUGGAUGAGGGCCAUCGUUUGAAAAAUUUCAACUGUCGACUGAUCAAAGAGCUCCUGAAUUAUCGCUCUGCUAACCGUCUCCUUAUUACGGGGACUCCUUUGCAAAAUAACAUUUCUGAGUUAUGGUCUUUGCUUCAUUUUCUGCUUCCACAAAUUUUCAAUGACCUUGACAGUUUUCAGAGCUGGUUCGAUUUUUCAUCUGUCCUUGACGAGAAGGGACAAGAAGCAACAAUCGAGAAAAGGAACCGGAAUCUAAUCUCGACCAUGCAUGCGAUUCUGAAACCCUUCUUGCUGCGUCGUGUCAAGAGCGAUGUCGAGCACUCGUUGCCCAAGAAGCGCGAGUAUAUUUUGUAUGCGCCUAUGACAACCGAGCAGAAGGAUCUGUACCGCGAGAUUCUCAACGGCACUGGACGGCAGCACCUCGAAGCGAAAGCCCUUGAACGCAUAAACAAGGAAACUGAGGCUAGCGGCAGCAAGACACGUGGAACCAAACGGCGGCGCGAGAGCAGUGAGUCCGGUUCUCCUGUUAAGCGGACGAAAACAUCUCCACAGUCAAAGCGAGGCGAUUCCGGCAGACGUCGUUCUGUCAAGACAUACAAGGAAAUGAGCGACCGCGAGUUCAAUGCACGAUUGCGAAAGAUUGAUCGCGGAGAAGAAUUGGAUGACGAGGAGGAUGAGGUCGAGUUUUUACCCGAUGAUACCGAGCUGGAAGAACUUCGUCAGAAGAAGAACCUUGACUUAGCAAAGAAAGAAAUCGGCCACAAGAAGAUGCAGAACCCAGUCAUGCAAGCCCGCAUGGCUUGUAAUUCCCCCCACAACUUCUACUGGCCGUGGAAAGGGGAUGUCGACGAAUCUCUGGUAUCUGCUUCUGGUAAAAUGCAGCUAUUAGACAGACUCAUUCCUUGCCUACUUGAGAAAGGCCACAAGAUUUUGAUUUUCUCGCAAUUCAAGGUCCAGCUGGACAUAAUCGCUGAAUGGGCAACCACUCUUCGAUCCUGGGAGUGCUGCCGCAUCGACGGUGCUAUGUCGCAGUCAGAUCGUCAGGACCAAAUCAAAGCCUUCAAUACUGAUCCGGACUUCAAGAUCUUCCUUCUAAGUACUCGAGCAGGUGGCCAGGGGAUUAAUCUUACCGCGGCUGACACGGUCAUUUUGUUCGACUCAGACUGGAACCCUCAGCAAGACCUUCAGGCGCAAGACCGCGCUCACCGUAUCGGCCAAAAGAAGCCAGUCAUUGUGUAUCGUCUUGCAACCAAAGGCACUGUGGAGCAGACAUUACUGGAAAAGGCCGACGCUAAACGACGCCUGGAGCGGCUUGUUAUUCAAAAGGGCAAAUUCCGUUCGCUUCUGGACCCGAAUUCAAACUCUCACGACUUUGACGAUAUUCGCAAAGCUCUCGGAGAGGACGAGUUCGAGCGUUUCGAUGUCGGGGCCGGCUCUUCUGUCCUCUCGGACGAGGACUUGAGCAUUCUCACUGAUCGUAGUGAAGAGGCAUAUGCUCGGAACGAGAAGGGCUUGGACCGAACUGGCGCAGCUUUCGUGUCCGUGGAGACUAAGGCUAAUGGGAGUGAAGCACUCAUUGGCUAA